AUGGCAGAAAAUUCCAAUCUCGAGAUAGUAUCAGCUUCGUCCGAUCAUGUCGAAUGGAUCAUUUCUAUGGCUAGGAAAGAAGGAUGGAAUCCUGGUGAUAAUGAUGCAAUCGCAUUUCAACAAGCUGAUCCCAGUGGAUAUUUUAUAGGCCUUAUCAAUGGUAAGCCGGUGUGUUGUGUAGCUGGAGUAAAAUUUAAUCAUAUUGCUAUUAUUGGAUACUAUGUUGUUGUCAAAGAGCAUCGUGGUCAAGGUCAUGGCAUAAGAAUAUUUCAACAUGCAAUGAACUACUUGAAUGGAUAUAAUGUUCGAGUUGAUGGACUACUAAUUCAUGCACCUAAAUAUCAGAAUUCUGGUUUUAAAAUGGCUCAUGUCAAUGUUCGAUAUACAGGAGCUGUGGAUAAUAGCACAAUAUCUUGUCCCUUCGUUUGUGCAGCUAGUAGUGUACCAUUUGAUAAAAUUCUGCAAUACGAUGCACGAUUUUAUGCAGAUGAGAGAAAACACUUUUUAGCAGGAUGGAUCAAUACUGGAACAACAGAUUGCUUAGCUUAUAUGGAUAAAGAUACAGUGAAAGGCUUCGGAGCAAUUAGAAAAAGUGUUAAUGGUUAUCGUGUAGGCCCACUUUACGCUGAAACAACACAAAUUGCAGAAAUUUUGUUAAAGUCUCUUUGUCAACACAAAAGUGAUUGUAGGAUUACUCUCGAUUUUCCAGAAACGAAUAAUCAUGGAAAGGCAUUAGCAGAAAAGCUAAAGCUAGUCGAAGUAUUUAAAUUUGGAACUUUAUACACUGGCGAGGCUCCUAACGUCGAUUUAUUGAAAAUUUAUAGCUUUACAUGUCACUAA